AUGUCACGUGGCGAUUUUCAGUUGCAGCCAGGCGCCGGGUUAAGUCCGUGUGAGGGCAAAGGCCUGCCUACGCGCGCCCCCAAGAAUUACUCAUUCGCCGAGCUCAUCCGGGCUCGAGAAGAGCAGCAGAGGCGCAUCCGUGACGCGCUGGAGGAGCAGAACCGUCAACUACGCGCGCGUCUUGCCUCUGAGGAGGGCAAUGAAGGCGGCGCAGCAGCUGCCAGCUCUGCAGCCGCCGUCCGCCGCCGUGGUCCGUCGCGGUCCCCAUCGAAACCGCAGACAGUGCCAGUUGAGGAAUUCAUCACAUUCGUGACGGAGAUGAAGCAUCUCAUUAACUGCGCCCAAGAAGCCGACCUAGUGGCGCUUCACGCCCUUCAAGACCGGGUGGAUUUUCAAUCCCGCGAUCUCAUACAGCGGCUAACAGAACUAGAGGCGCAGAUGAUUGCCAUGCAGCGGCGGGAGGAGUUUGGGUACACUUCAGGCGGCAGUCCUUUUGUACCCAUGACACGCUCCAAAGCACGGACAGCUGAAGACAACCCAGCGCUAGAGUAUGUGUUGCGUGAGCUAGAAAAUGUGCGUCGUACAGCUGAGGAGGCAACGCAGCGGACGCGUCAGUUGGAUGAGGCUUUGGAGGGACAGCAACUCUCUCUUCGGGAAUUUGAGAGAGAACUAAAUGCGCUAGAAACAAAAAUGGUGGAUAUAGAGUCCUUGCCCUAUCUCUUCAGGCGGGAAGCUAUGACGCUAGAGGAGCGCUAUGCUGAAUUCACCCACCGAGUGCAUGAGGAGAUUGCGCAGCAACAAGAACACCCGUCACGGUCCUGUGAAAACGACAAUGUUCCUAUGCGGCUACUGGAGGAGCAACUACGAGCUGUGGAGCGUGCCGUAGUCGAGUUAAGUCAGCGAGGCAUUGCCACACCCAAGGAUCACAUGAACGGUGACAUCGACGGCCUUGUCUCAGGCCUCGUGGAAAGAAAGGUGCAAGAAGUUAAGGAGGCGAUUGCGAGUUCCCUCUGGGCAAAGCUACAGGAGCUUCAUCAAGCCGCACCCGACAAAGACGGGGACGACCCAACUUCCUCGAUUGAGGGAGACGCCCCGCUAGGGUCGAACAGGCAGCGCGCUACCACAACGAACCUUGUCGAGGAUUUGGCUGAGAGAGUGCGACGUCUUGAGACUACGUUGCAUACCGCAACGAAGCGUUCCUCCACGGAACAACCUUCGGUGGAAGAAGAACGCCUUAAGCUGCCAACGAAUCAGUUGGCGUGCGCUGCCGUCUUACCUGAGAGUGCAAUGGCACGCGGCGCCUCUUCAUCCACCGACGCUGCCAUCCUGGACACCAAAGAAAUUGUAGAGCGUGUGGCGAGUGUCGAAACCCAAAUGAACAGCUUAGAAUACAGAUUGAAUUACCUCACUACCAAGCUUGAGGAAUGCAAUACGGGGCAUAAAACGCCUCCUGGGGAGUGUGAGCCUACAACAGACGGAGGUGUUCGGUGUUCUCCUGUUUUGGAAGGCAACGAUGUUCAUUUGGACAUUUCGACCAAGGGCAGACACACUCAAGAAGGCGUCACCCGCCACUUGCAGGAGGAACUGGAACUGGCGGCGGUUGGGUUGCGCAGUAAGGCUGCUCCGGAGCCUUGUGUGACACAAAAUAUAGCCGCUGCAGCUAUUCCCAAUGAAAGGCAUUUUGUGGACAAGAAUAUUUCAAUGCUUUCUACCCCAGGACAGGCGGCGCAGUGGUCUUGCCGCAGAAAGAAGCCGGUAGCAAGGGAGGAGCCCAGGACACUAUCGUUUGGUCCAUUCAAAGCGCCCCAGUUAGUAAUUACGUCUGAGAGUCUCUCAAAGACGGUUACUGCGAUGCAUGAACGCAAAAAGCAGAAGGAGGAUGCAGUGAAGAAGAUCAUCGACGCUCUAAGGGACGUUCAACGGCGUUUUUCUCAGUUAUCAGAAAGAGAGUCAGCCGCCCCAAUCAGCGGCACACAGCGAAGCCGACGCGAGCGCCCAGCAUGCAAUACAUACGAUGACACCGUUUGUGUGCUAAAUUCCAUUGCGAGCCAAAAGGAGGCGAUUUUAUCGAAGGAGAAACAGUUGUUGAACCUCCGUAACACGUUGUGGCGCGAAAUUGCCCAGCUUGAGGAAGAUGAGCGUGAUCUUCUAGCAUCAUAG